AGCCCCGAUUUCGGCCCCAAGCCCCUCCCGCCCCUGCCCCAGAUCCGCUCAGAAGACAUCCGCAAGCGCAUCUUCACCCAUCGCAGCUACGCCGCCCGCCCCACCCACAUAUUCGAAGAUACCCCGGAGGACCCCAGCCCCGACAACGAGGUCUUGGAGCACUUGGGCGACCAGGUGCUCGGCCUCGUCGUUACGGAGCUCCUCUACCACCUAUACCCAUACCUCCGCGUCGGCCCGUCCACGAAAAUGAGGGCCCUUGUCGUCGGCAACAGCACCCUGGCCGUCAUAUCCGUAAAGUACCGCCUGCCUGAGCAGCUCCGCCUGCACCGCGCGCAGUCCAUCACUCUGAGGGCGUCCGUCAACGUACAAGCCGACGUCUUCGAGUCCUACAUCGGCGGGCUCUACCAGGACCAGGGCCUCGUCGCCGUCCAAGACUGGCUCCGCGCGCUCCUGCGCCCCUACGUGCACGAGGCCUACCGCAUCGUGCGCAGCCAACACGGCCUCCCCCCCGCCAGCGCCACCAGCGGCGCCCCCGCGGGCCCCCCACCCGCCCCGCGCCGCCUCUCGAACCCCGCGCUGCCCGUCUCCCCGCCGCCCUCCCCCUCCCCCUCGCUCACGAGCGCGACGAUCGGGCACCUCGGGCUCUUCAACCAGCGCCUCCAACAGGACAACCGCACCAUCGAGUGGUCCUUCUCCGACAGCAAGGACCAGGGCACCAAGGCGACCCCCGUCUGGGUCGCCCGCGCGCUCGUCGACAGGGAGUGCUGGGGCACCGGCCGCGGCAACACGAAGAAGGCGGCCAAGAACGAGGCCGCGAAGCAGGGCCUCUCCAAGAUCGGCUACACGGUG